CGACAAAUUAAGGUGUUGUCUCAAACACAAAAUACAGUUGACGCUGUCUACACAAUUUGUUACAGAAUCUUCAAAGAUUACCUAUAAGUCACCAUUUGUCAACUUUGGUAAGUCUCAUUUUAUCAUCUUGUAAUAUUUAACUAACUAAUAAUAACUAAUCACGUUGCAAACGCUAAGAACUCGUUGCUAAUAUUUGAUGUCAAGUACUGAUCCAGCAAUUAGACCAGUGGACCAGACUCUUGAAGAUUGAGAGUUAAAAUAUUUAAUAUAUAAUCUGUCAGACUGUCACCAUCCCUCGACUUUGGUAAGUGUAUUAAUUUCAUUAUCUUUGUAUUGUCUACAAUUAGCUAACCUACGAUGAAAUUUAGACUUUAAAUCUCGUGUACUUUAUAUAAAAGAUAAGAACUCAUAUAUGUUUGUUUUAAAUGUUUACAUGUUGCAUAGUCCAACAAAAAUAUUUCAUAACGAAAUCCAAGGAAUUUCUGGAAUGUUCGGAAACUAAAAACGCACAGUAGGGACACUUUGUGUGUUUCACUUUGUGUGUUUCACAUUUCAAUGUCGUUCUAUGGUACAAUAUUCUGACAGCAAUAUUCUAUCAUGAUAAGAUUUAUAUUUAUUUACAGAUAAGUUUCCUAUCUGGCUGAUUACUAAAGUAAUUUUGUUGAUCCUGUCCUAAUAAAUGUAUAUAAAUUUCCACUCGACAAUUUCCACGAUUGAGAUAAAUAGCAUGGCCAGUUUCAAUGGGUAGCUUAGCCACUGGUUCAUCAGUAGGUUUUGACUUCAGCCCCCCCCCCCCCGCACACACAAUAAAUUUUAAGUCGGGCAGAUUUGCUUAAAAAUCAAACAUAUUCUAUUCAAAGUCGCGCAAAUGACGAAAGGGAAAAAAACUGGAAAAACGGGUUUUAAAAACCCCUCGGAAAAAAAUGUUGGUAUUGGUCAGGCAAUGUCCAUGAAGGUAUACAACUAUUUCAAUUUUCCGCUUUGCUCCGGGACAACCUUAAUUGAACAAGACGCCUGCUCAGGCGUUCACACUGACCUGAAAAUGACGACAUACGCGCUAUGGUGCAGUAGAAAAGAAUACAAAUCGUGGAGUAUGGCAUUUUGGCUUAAUCCUUGCACCCUGAGCCUGCGAUGCGCUUAACGCAAACACGAUUUCUCGACGACGAAAACAACAGAAAACAGAAAAUUAGGGAUUUAAGACACUUGACCUUUCAGGUCAGUGUAAAUAGCUGUAUACAAAUAUAAUUCCAUCCUUAAAGAUAGCUGCCUGCACACAGGAUAAAUUAUAAAGACCCGUUUACACUGGCAAUUUUUGCUAUGAUUUUAGGUGUGAUUUUCUUCUUCUGAAGGAUGUGAAUGAGUAAAUAAGUUAUGAAUGCUCUGAGUGUAUGUACCCUCAUCUAAACAUUCCAAACUCAUCCACUCGUUCACAUACGUCAGAAGAAGAAAAUCGGAUCUUAAAUCGCAGCAAAAAUUAACAACUGUAAACGGGCCUUAAGAUAAAUUACAAAAUUCUAUGGACUGCAAUUGACCAUUUGCGUAAUAGACUAAAUUUUGAUCUCAACAAAAAUUUCAUUACAGCUUGAAAGAGCGUCACAAAAUUAGUAAUAUUCCAAAGUUUCGUUGGGUUCGAGGCUGUCAAUUUCCGGUUUGUAAUCUAAAAUGACUGAAAAUUGCAAAUUUCGCAAGGCUAUAUUUUCCGCAUUUUACAACAUUUUGCAACGAAACUUUGGAAUAUUACUAAUUUUGUGAUGCUCUUUCAAGCUGUAAUGAAAUUUUUGUCUAGACUUGUUGAGUUCAAAAUUUAGUGUAUUACGCAAAUGGUCAAUUGAAGGAAAGCUGGAAUGAGAAAAUAUGAUACUCGGUGAUGAAUUAAUUAUUAUUAUUAAAGGUUUAUUAGAGGUUUAUUAAGAAACACAUUUUGGCACCCGAUGGUGAAUUGCAAUAUGCUUACAGAAACAUAAUAAAGGAUGAAUAUCAAAUAAUAUAAAUAUAGAUAUAUCGUAUAUAUGUACAGUUGUUAAAAUACUACAAAUUAUUUACUAUUAAAAUUAGCAGUCAUUGCUGGUAUAAAACUAGUUUUAAAACGUUCCGUUCUGCAUUUAGUUAAUGUGAAGUUAGAAUUGUUUCUUAAGUCCAGCUAGUUCAUGCGAUUCUUCACGGAGUGGGGGUAAGAGGUGGUUGAGGUGAGCAUCGGGUUUUAAGAUCUUUUUGAAAGUUUUAGCACAUAGCUCUUGACGUCUGUCGACAAGGCGCUUGCAUUUAGCGAUGUUGAGAGCAUCUUCGUAAUCUGUUGUCGGAUAAAUAAUACGGAAAGCUCUUUUUUGAACUUUUUCAAUUUUAUCCCCCAAACACUUUGGUAACAUGGUGUGCCAGACAGGACAGGCAUAUUCUAAGAUAGAGCGCACCAUAGAAAAGUAGACUAAUAAGAGGUCAUUGGGGGGAAGACCACAGCGCUGUAGGACACGAAUAAUGUAUAAGCGUUUUGAGGCUUUUUUAACUAACGCUUCAGUGUUAUCUUGCCAUUUCAAUUUAUUGUUCAUGGUUAAGCCCAAAAUUUUGAAAGAAGGAACUAAGUCUAGAGGUAAACCAUCAAUGAGGAGUCGGGGAAUGUCAUUCUCGCUACGGACGAAACUCACUAUCAUUUCUUUGCAUUUCUUUCCGUUCAAUUUCAUGUUGUUAUUAACAGUCCAUCUUUCAAUUGUGUUAAGAUCAGAUUGUAGGACUGAAACUUCAUUUUUCUUUAAAGACUCCGAUAUUGUUACGUCAUCUACGUAUUUCCAAUGGUCAGUGCUAGAGGAUGCCAGUUCAAGAUCGUUGAUCAUAAUUAUGAACAAAUUAGGGCCCAAUUUGGUUCCUUGAGGGACACCUGCGUUAUUGAUGCCCCAAUCAGAUUGGAAAUUGUCGAUCUUUACCGAUUGACGGCGAUUUGAGAGAAAGCUGCAUAUCCAUGGAAUAAGCGACAAUCUGACGCCAAGGGCCAGCAACUUUGGGACUAGGAUAUUAUGGUCGAUGCGGUCGAACGCUUUACUAAAAUCGAGGAAAACGAUCCGCAGAUAGCUCGAUUUAUCAUCCAAUGUUCUUAGCCAAUUGUUGAUCAUAUCGAUCAAGCAAAACGUUGUAGAGGUUCCUUUAAGGCAACCAAAUUGUUGCGGGUUGAUUUUAUGUUUCACGUCAUCCACCAUCCAAUUAACCACAAAGUCCGCAAGAAUUUUGGACAAAGAGGCUGUAAGGGAGAUUGGGCGCAACUCCUCCUCACAGGAUACGGAUAGCGCUUUAGGAAUUGGUGUAAUUAACGCAUCUUUCCAUAUGUUAGGGAAUUCACCAGUGGACAGAGAUGUAUUAAUUAAAGAUGUGACAUACAGGUUCGGCCAAUUCGUACGCGAAAUCCUUAAUAAUCCGGUUAGGAAUAUUGUCAGGACCGCUGGAUUUGAAAACUUUUGUAUUGAGCAUCUUAGUGCAAACUUCGUCAGGGAAAAUUUUUGGUACAGGCCUUGGUGUAGGGAGAAAGGCAGGUAGCAGGAGAGGAUUCAGUGAUGGUAGGUCAUUACUCACGCUUAAGAAAUAGGUGUUAAGUGAUUGGGCGAGAUCUUUACCAGAUAGAGUGGUACCAUUCUUAACGAUCUUAAUGUUAUUGGUUGCAGAUCUUUUUUUCCCGGACAUCUGGUUAACGCAGUCCCACCAUUUUCUGGAGUCACUGGAUUUUAGGUGUUGUACCUUGUUCGUAUAAUAUGCGCGCUUUUUUACUCCUAUGUCGUUUCGGACUUUAAGUCUAUAGUGACGCCAGAGGUCAAGGUUACCAGAAUGAAAGGCUUUUUGCCUUUGAUAAAUCAGUUUUUUUAAUGCAGGCGUCAUCCAUGGUUUGUCAGAGUUAUGAAUUCUAAUAACCUUAGACGGGAAUAACCUAUCAACAGCAGAAUUUAACUCGUUGGUAAAGGAGGACGCUAGAGCGGUCGCAGAGUUUUUGCUUUCGGCAUCAGAGAACCACUCACGUGAGCAGCACCAUCUUCCAAAAGCUGCACGUGCCGACAUGGGGAAGGAACGUAUGUUUUUCUUAAUUGUUUUAUUAUCUGUUCCUAAAACGUUAGCUUUCGCGGACCAUUUAACAAUGUUGUGAUCUGAUGAGCCGAGCGGUGCUAUAAUCACAGGCUUAGAAUACAAGGCUUCUAGAUUAGUAACAAUUAGAUCCAAGAUGUUACCUUCACGCGUUGGGGUGUCCACUAUUUGCGUAAGAUUGUGAUGGCACAGGAGAUCGCUGAUAUCUAAAUUGUUGAAAUCACCGAGUAAGACGACACCGCAGUCGGGGUGGGUACAUCUAACUCGGUCAAUCUGAUCGAUAAGAUAGGCCGUUAAUUCCUUUUGCUCAUUGACUGGUGUAUCAGGCGGGUUAUAUAGGACACAGCAGAUUAAUCCAGUUAGGUGUCUUGGGAAGCGGUGGGGUCGUAGCCAUAACCAUAAGCAUUCAUGAGAGGGGUUUUCAAGGUCCAUUCUUCUUUUAGCUGGGAUAUUUGUCGAGAUGAAAGCGCAGACACCCCCACCACGGCUGUAAGAUCUAUCAUUGCGAAAAAUGUUGUAAUUAUUUAGGUAAAUUAGUUGCUCAGGAACAGUAUCUUUGAGCCACGUUUCAGUUACGGCAAUAAACUCUAUAGAAUGUAUUGAUAGUAAGAGGGAUAGCUCGUCUAUUUUGGGUAACAGUGAGCGAGCAUUUAUAAGAAGAAAACUCGGUAAUCUUGAUAUGUUGUUUCGGUUCAUGGCCUGGUCAUGUAUUGAAGUACUGACUAAUUUCAGUUGUCUAUGAUUAUUAAUGUGGUUAACGACGGUUUUUGCACGGUUGUUAGUAAUUCUCACAGGGAUCUUGUGAGUAUUAGCGCUAACGACAGGGAUUACACCAGUGUUUCUGCAUACCGUGCCCUGCAAUAGGGGGGAACUUGGAAGUUGUAGGGAGGGCAUAAAGGGGUUUCCAUUAGCGGUUUCGGGGGAGAUUGAAAAAACCCCGGUCCUGGGGAAUGGCAGAUUAGGAGAUAGGUGAAAAGGAAUCGUUCACCAAGAAUGGAUGGGUAGUAUAUCAAGUUUGAAUAUGAGACGAGUUCCCUUCCUUUUGCACAUAUCAAUGGAUGAAUGAGAAGAGUGGCGUAUCUUGUUCGUGACAUCACGAAGAUGCCGGACAUAUCUGUCUCCUAAACGUCUUCCAGUUUCCCCGUCUUUCAAUAGCGCCUUGUAUAGUUUUCUGUGCAUGUUUCUGCUUAGGUUGAAUGGCUGUCGAGAAAUGUAGUUAUAUCUAUAAUUUAACAAUUGUUUUGUAAUUUUCUUUCGAGCGUUCACCAAUGGCGUGUAAAAUGGAAAACGAUGAGCAAGGUUAUGAUGACAGACGUUUUGAAGGUCGAGUCAGAGAAGAUCUUUUCUGUUCUAUUUGUCAAGGAGUGCUCAGAAAUCCACGAACUUGCGAGAAUAAAGAACAUCCAUUUUGUCUUUCUUGUAUAUCUCAACAUCUUCGUAAUUCCCACACAUGUCCUGAAUGCAGAGAACACCUGACCCCAGAAACCCUCAAAGAUCCACCGAGAUUUUUAAAGAAUACCUUAUCAGAGCUGAAAAUCAAGUGUGAUUACAAUGAGCGCGGAUGUCCGGGCUACGUCCAGCUUGGAAAUUUACAGAAUCAUGUUGAGCGAUGUGGCUUUGCGCCUGUUAUGUGUGGAAAUGAAGGAUGUGGGACGGUGGUCAAUAAAAGAGAUAAAGAAAUCCACGAGAGGGAACUCUGUCAGUUUAGAAUCCCCAAAUGCCACGAUUGCAAAGAUAUUAAAGCAAGUCAAGAUGAAAUUAAUGCAAGUGAAGAUGAAAUAAAGGUAAAUUAUAAAAAUGGAAAAAUGGAACGGCAAGAUAAGAUUCUCUUGGUCAGUAUAGGAGGCUUUCAUGAUGAUAAGAAUAAUUGUUCUGUAGAUCUACUGCCGCAGAGAAAGUUUACAAGAUAUCUAUUUAUUGUGAAUAUACUAACCAUACUCUGUCAAAAUGUAUAAAGUGCCAUCUUUUGGAUCAUUUUUAACAUCAAUACUUAUAAUUCAGGAAUCACAAGCUGAAAUGAAAGUGAAGAUCGAUGAAAUGGAAAUCAAACAAGAUGACAUAAAGGUAAAAUAAAGAUUGUUUAUUUAUACUUUAGAGGUUUGCAUGGCAAUCAAAAUAAUAGUUUUGUAGAUUUACUCUGGGAAGAAAUUUAAGACAAUAUAUGUAUUUAUACUCACUAUAUUAAUCAUAGUUUGUAGAUAUCUUAACAGCAACACUGCAACACAUUUACCAAAAGUUAAAUUUUACAAUUCAGAAAAAUAAUAACGAAAUCAAACAUUCCCAAGCACAGAUGAAAGUGGAAUUGAACGAAAUGAAAGAUAAAAUCACUGGAAUGGAAAGAAAACAAGAAAAAAUAAAGGUAAGAUAAGAUUGGUUCAUUCUAGGUUUACAUGACGAUAAAAAUAAAUCUUCUGUAUGUCAACAUUGGGAGGAUAUUUAUUUACAAUUCCUGUACUAAUCGUAGUUUAUAAAAAUGUACAGGAUGAGAUGAAAGCGGAAUUGAAAGAAAUGAAAGAUAAAAUCACAGGAAUAGAAAGAAAGCAAGAUCAAACAAAGGUAAGUCAUGAUUAUUUUUAGUUCUUUGCAGAUUUGCAUGGAAAUGAAUUGAAUUGUUUUGUGUAUUGUUGACGAUGACAAUGACGACAAUGGAUUAUUUCAAACCUGAAAUUAUGAUCUAUUAAGAAAACUGAAUAGUUUCGGUGGUAUACCGGGUGGCGCAAAAAAGUUCUCCUGUUCGAUUUAGUAUUUCUUAAAAACUAAAAGAGCUAGGAACAAGGUGCAUUGCAUUCAGUAAUGUCUAACUUUAAUUUUGACAUGCGCCGUGUCCAUUUUCAUGUAAUACCGACCGAGAUAGUUGCGGAUGAAGAUUUUUGGUCAUUUUGCGUAAGAGAUUGUCGAAGCAAUUCGAUAUUUUCCGCUCCCAUCGGUCGACCACUUUGUUCUUUGUUGAGAAUCUAGCAAGUCCCCUCUCGCACAAACGUUCAAAACAUUUUCAUAAUAGACCUUUUAAAAGUCUGCCUUUUAACGUCGUUUGCGGAUAAAUACGAUCAUUUGGCCAAUCAGGCAAGCCAAAUGGCUGUGCGGGGUUUUCCUUUAUCCGCAAAUUACGUCACAAGGCACAUUUUUUUAAAAAAGUCUACUGUUCGCUUACUCGAGCAGGAAGAUUACCUCAGCAACCUGCCCAACGCCAUAUAAACUGGUAGCAGUUCUUUUAGUUUUGAAGUUGUACGAAAUCAAACAUGAGAGAGUUUUUCAUACGUCCGUCUUUCUAAAUUUUAUAUAAGAACUGUUUAUCUCAACAAAUGUACAUUAAAUAACAAACAAAACUGAAUAAUGUCCUUUUACUCAUUUCCUUAUGUCAUGAGUAACAUUUAAAUGGUUUCGAAAACUUUCCAUGCAUAUACGUACCUACGGAAAACGCUUAAGUGGAAUGUAGCCAUAAGCAUAUAUAUAUAUAUAGUAAAUAUUUUAUUAUUCGGUGGCAAUAUAAUAAUCGGCCAUCGAAAAUCAGUUCAACUCCCAGUAAAAUAUUAUUCAUGAACUGCGGUCAUGCCUUUGGCGUUGAGAAUUAUGAGGACUACACUGUGACGUGGUCACCAAAGUAUUUUAUUUUCAAUUCAGCAAAGUGUUGACGAGAUGAAACAGCAGUUUCAAAAAAUAAUGACAAUGGUUCAGCAAGCAUUGCAAGGAAGCAUUGUAAAAAACAAUGGUGCCCAAGCUAUAGAUCCAGCAGUUCCAGACAACAACCAAGAUAUUAUUAUGCUUGGCGGUUAUAAUGCCCCAGGGCUUAAAGGUGUAUCGAAUACAGUUGAAAAAUACAACAUAGCAGAACGCAAGUCAACUCAACUACCAGGAAUGAAUCUCGCUCGAGCAAAAUCAGCAUCAUGUGUUUACAACGGUGAUGUCAUCGUUGCCGGAGGUUGGGAUGGUCAAGAUGGUACUGACUUGAUCGAAAUUUUAAAGAUGAACCAGCAUCCUUUGCGAUGGACGAUAUUUGAUGCUAAACUGCCCGUCAAGUUAUCUCACCAUGUGGUCAUAGUUUACCAAGAUAAAUUAUAUAUUAUAGGAGGACAUAGCUGGAGUGAAAUGAAAACAUCCGAUGCAAUUUAUGAACUAUCCCUUGCACCGCCUUAUACUGUCAAGCUUCUCGCAAGAAUGCCUCAGGCAAGGGCAAACCACAGAGCGGAGAUUGUUAACGAGAAGCUAUUUAUCUUGGGAGGAGCGACAACAGGCCACAGUAAAGAUACCACAUGUACCGAUAGCGUAGUUGCGUAUGAUUUCACCAAGAACGAGAUUAAGCCAUGUCCAUCGUUAUCAAAGCCUGUCUUAGGAAUGUCCACAGUUACUUGGGGCGAUAUGAUCAUUGUUGUCGGCGGGGAGGAUAAGAAUGAUCAGGUUUUAAAUGACGUCAUCAUGUAUCACAUUGAAACUGGGCGAAGUGAAAAAUUACCUUCACUGAAACACAAGAGGAGUGGACCCUCAGCUGUCAUCGUGCAUGACGUCAUUAUUGUAUUCGGAGGAGGGAAUAAGGGGGAAGGACAUCUCAACUCAGUAGAAAGUUUCACAAUGGGAGAUGAUCAGUGGAAAGAACUGCCAGGAAUGAAAGAGAAAAGAUAUUACGCAACUGCUGUAGCGAAACUUCGUAACUAGUUUCAAAGAUACGUUUUACAACAUACAUUUUACAUCAACAUUUUCGAGGUUUUAUAAUCAUAUGAAUAGAAAACAGAUUAUUGUAAUCUUUGUCUUUUAUAACUGAACAAAAUAUUGUGGAAUGUAAAUAUAUAGUAUAUAUAUAGCAACAUAGACUGUAGGAAGUAUGGUAUGUAAAUGUUUAAUAAAACUCAAGAUAACUUGUAUGUUGAUUUGCAUGGCAUCAAUAUAAUUUUCAAAAUCUCAUACGAACAGUGAUGAAGACAUUGACAGAAGACUAUCAGUGAGUAAGUGUUACAGAGCAGUAGAUGCUCGUCAACUUCACAAAUGUUCAUACUUAUAGCAGAAAUAAAUUAAACUACGUCUCUUAAUUCUAUUCAUUCGCCUCAAAAACACAGUUUCAUUCAAUGAAAACAACUCAAAUUAUUUUCUCACUCUGAUAACUGCAGGUUGACCAUCAUCUGCUGCACGAUAGUGUUUAGUCAAAUUCCGAGAAGUAUAAUAUGGAACUAUCAACCAUGAAACCGUAAUGUUAUGCAUAGUACAAAGGAACAUAGUAUCACAGACAACAGCAAUGUAGCCAAUCAUGUAAGACAUUUGAGAACCUUUAUUCCAUACACAACUGAAACACUAUCUACAGCGACUUUAUUGAAAUCGCUAGUGUUUGAAUUUGCAUUCAUUAGCGACUCCAUAUAGAGUUAUAGAGCUAUUACUUCUCUUGCUUAUAAACUGACCCGUCCGUCAAAUUACUACACUGCGUGUCUUUCAGGGGUAUUUUCCUCCAGGAUAUUUUUGCUCCGAGGAACUUUUGUUCAGGGAUAUUUUUCUCUGGGGUUUUUCCCCCGGGAUUUUUCCCCCGAUGUCUGAUUUUCUUUCACUGACUUCGUGUCACGUGUUUGUUCACAUGACUGAAGGCGGUAAAUUAUUCGCAGUUAAAAGUGUUCCAGCAUGAAACUUAGGAAAAACCCUACCAUAACCCUUACCAUAACCCAAAUCCUAAUCUUUUGUAAAACCACAACCCUAAUCCUUAUUGUAAUCCUAAUCCUGUUCACGUCAUACAUAGAUACACUUUAUUUAAUCUCGAAUUUACAGAGUAGCUCCAACGAGCUUAGUAUCUUCGAGCAAUAUAGUAUUUAUAUAUAUUAUAAUCUAUCUAGACUAUCUACUUAAACUUUAAGUUUUAAAUUGGUUAAAGUCUAUUACUGUCCAAAAAUUGUCAUUAAGAGAGUUCCAACUUUUAGCCGCUAGCUAAAUAUUUAAUUGACUCUCAGUAAUCCAUAUUUGAUCGUUCUAGGUUUGGCUGAAGUCAAUAUAUUUUCACCUCUUAACAAAUAUUUACAACUUCUGACGUUAAUUUAAACCACAGUUAAUUUAAACAGGCCUUCAAGUCCUUGUGACGUGAAAUAAAUAUCGCUUCCACGAAAUGACGUAAUAUAUCUGAGUACAAGAAAUGCCAUAUUUUGAACUUUUCAAGCUAUAUAUACGCAUUAAAAUGAUUAAAAUGUAACUUCUAUAUUCAUAAUAAUAACAACUGAUGUGUAGAAUUCUGUGAAAUAUAUCAACAUAUUAUGAAAAUUGAGUAAUUCCUAGACAGGAAGUCAGAAUGCCACUUGAGAUCACAGCUUGAUCACGAGUGUUUUGUAAUAUAUUCAGAGAGAAAGGCAUUGAUUACACUGCCACAGAGCUGGCUGCAAUAAAGUGAAUAAACUGAGAGUGUUGCUGUGAAAAUUUCAAGUAAGUUUUGUUCAUAUUUUUACAUUACGUUCCCACGAGAGCUGACGAGUUCGCAACGAGACGCGAAUUAGUCGCAUUUCAUUUGUUCACAAGGGUAUUCGAGUUAGCUGCACGAUCAAAUUGUUUGGUUUCAAACCUCGCGUGUAAACACAAAUCGAGAUUGUUCAAAUUUGACUAUGGUACGUAUACAGAACUCAUCCUGUCUCACACUCAAAUGUUUGCGAUUUCCCCUAGCGCGCAUUCAGGGGACGCAAGAAAUCAGAUGUAUUAGAGUAACAGCUGUAGUGUAGGAAUUCCCGUGUGGACAAAUGAAGGAGAACAAUUGAUGUGAUAUAAUCCUGAAGUGUCUGUGUCAGUGUAGGUAGUGUCAAUAAUAUGAACAAGCUUUCGUUGCUAGGGAUGCAACUACCUGAAAAAUAUAAGGAGAAAUUCGACGUUUCAAGCGAAGGCACUUCGUCUGGAGUUACUGAAUGAAGGGUCUUCGCUUGAAAUGUCGAAAUUCUCCUUAUAUUUUUCACGUAGUUGCAUCCCUAGCAACGAAAGCUUGUGAACAAUUGAUGUACAAUUCCAAAUUCACUUGGUCUCGCGUGAUCAGGGUCUCAUGUGCAAAUAUUUCCAUUGUAAGUUUUUAGCAAACCCUAGCGAGUUGCUUUGAGCGACAGUCAUUAGACUCUGGAAUAAAAUAUUCUCGAGUAUAAAACGCUUAUAUACAGCUAUGGUUUCAUGUUUUGCGUUCAAAUAAAGGAAAGCAAAUGUUGCCUUAUUCGAUCUUAAUGAACAUUAGAUCUAUAUUUUGGUAUUCGUGGUAAUGUAGACUUUUCAUAUUCAUAGCAAAUCCUAUCCUAGUCAUCCUAACACCGCGGAAAAACGUCUGCGCAUGCGUCAACCUUACCUGUAAUAGUAUUGCGAACUUGAUGAGAAGCUGUUCCGAACGUUUCCGAAGGCUCAAAAUGGCGGUAAAUAGGAGUGACUUCAUUGUGCGUCUUUACAGCCAGAUUUCAAGCGCAAAAAUAAACAUGUCAUUCUAAAAACUAGAAAUAAAUACAGCCAGAAGGUUCAAGAAAUUGUAUUGUACAAGAACAUGAACUAAAGGUGAUUGUUGACAAAUUUAUCGUCUGAAACAUUUUGUUUAUCAACUAACCAACGACAAUUUCUGAAUUUUCGUUUGAGAUACAUUUCUUUAAAAAAAACUGUGUCGCCAAAUAUAAAAAAUUUGCGUGUUCACAAUAAUUAAACUUUAGGAUUUAUUCUACAAUUUGAGUGGGUUAAGAAGCUUAACUUUUCGAGAGUUUUCUUAACUUUUUAGCUUGAAUUUUUGUUUUGAAUAAUUUUGGAAAAAUUUUCGAAGUCGUGUCCGUUCAAAUCAACAUUUUUUUACAUGAAUUAUAUUUCAUUCCAUACUUUAAAUGCCAGGACGCUUUCAAUUAAUGUCUAGUCUACCCAUUUGCUAUAUUUUCUCGUUUGUUUUACUACUUUUCACCAAUUAAUAAGCAUGUUUUUGUUUUAGAAAUUGAUAUUCAAAUUCCCCGCCAUAUUUUCAUAAUUUGGUGCAUGCGCAGACGUUUUUCCGCGGUGUUAGUCAUCCUACGCUUGCUUGUUUAAACAUGUAAUCAUUGUAAUGCGCAUGUGCAGUUAGGGAUGGGCCACAUAAUAGCAUCGCGAAUAAAUUGUGUUCAUUUCUGAAAUUUUGACCUGCAAUAACUUUAUUAUGUUAGAUCGAGUGUAAAAUAUAGGAUACACUAGAAAUACAUUACUGCAAAUCCCUAUAGCUUGCCCAAAUUCCUGAGAGUUUAAAUCUCGUGUACUUAUAAAGGAUAAGAACUCAUCACCAGUCUCUGUAGACUUGAUAACUCAACAGAUAGAGCAGUGGACUAGAUUCCUGAAGGAUGAAAGUUUAAAUCUCGUGUACUUACAAAGGAUAACUAAGAACUCAUCACCAAUCUCUGUAGACUUGAUAGUUCAACAGGUAGAGCAGUGGACUAGAUUUCUGAAGGUUGAGAGUUUAAAUCUCGUGCACUUAUAAAGGAUAAAAACUCAUCACCAAUCUCUGUAGAUUUGAUAGCUCAACAAGGUUGAGAGGUUUCUUCAUAAAUUUUCCAAGAAAUCUGCAAUCUCCCUGAUCACUAAAGAAGACAGUAAUUUCCCUGGUCAUUGAACAUUGAAAGGAAAUUAUUAUCUGAGUUCUGCCUUACAGGUAAAUAGCUUUAUGCGCAAGUUUUUACUGUAGCCUACAUGCUCUAACGCAAUUUUGACCAGAUUAACUCUUUUUAUCAAAAUGUAAGUUAGAUAACGGAAUAAAAUUGCUGAUGUACUUAUAAAGCAUACAUAACAACUUGUGCCCAAUCUCUGUAGAGCGCUGGAUUAUACAGUUUUUAAUUUCAUGUUAUUCAACUCGCCAACGAUCUUUAGACUAGAUAGAAUACAUGUAUUUGCUAAUCAAGACCAACUGAAAUAAAUAAAUACAUUUAUAGACGCUUGAUAAGAAAAUGUAUAGGAUUAGUCUAGAAUUUUUGUAGAGCAAAAACAUACAUGUAUCACAUGUAUGGUGUAGGAAGACUUUUUGUGAUUGGUAUGAAAGAGAAUAUAAAAAAAUGUCAUUCUAUAUCACAAUAAUCUUAUGCUAAUAUUCUAUCCUGAUGAUUUUAUUCGUUGUUAUUUGCAGGUAUAUAUAUGUUUGCAGAAAGGUUUUUGACAUUUCUGAGAAAGUAAUUGUUAAGAGAUAAUUACUGGAUUUUAUCAUUAGGUAAAUAGUUUUGACUUCCAUAUUUAUACAUAUUACUUAAUCUGUUCUAACCAGAGACGAAGCUACAAUCCUGGUCAAAAAUUUACCUCAACAUUGCAGAAAUUGUCAAUUUCCCACAAUAAUAAAAAGCAUACCUCCAUGGGCAUAUAUAUGCACAUGUGAAUAAAACAUACAAUGGGCAUACAUGCACAUGUGAAUAAACUUCUAAAUAAACAGAAUUCGUCCGCGAAAUUUAUAAAGCUUCCUAUGGGAAAAUAAGAAUAAUGUUUGUAGCAUGUUUGAUUUUGAAGUUAACCAAUCGUUUCAAUCUGUUGUAAUACAUUUAUAUAGUUACUAAUUUAUUGUGGAAAAACGUUGAUGCAUGCUACGAUAGUUUCGGUUUCCAAACCCAAAUACGCAACAGAUUGUAAAUAUGGGCAGUAUAGUACCAUGUAGACGGUCAAAAUAUACAAGUUCAUGUUUUACUUUUGUCUCGUUUCAGUCUGAUUUGAAAAGCGUAAAGAAUUAUCUUGUGAAUUGUUCACAUCAUCCUCCACAUGUACUUGUCUUUGUUGCGGUUUUUAAUCUUACAGUUUGAGCAUUUCUGAUCCUAGAAUGAAAAUCUUAUUUCAUAUUGCACAAAUUAUUUAAUCCCUUUUCUCCUGAACACAGAGAACUGUAACGACUCGCGACCUUAGACUAAUACUUGUUUAGGUGAUAUUGGCUCCUUUAAUUCAUGCCCCCACUUGUCGUCAUAGUUUUUCUACAAAGUUUCCGUUUCGAUUGAGUGGCUUUCAAAAUGUAAGAAGGUUUUGUUAUCCCCGUUAACAAGUGUUCCACCGUAUCUAAAAUUUAACAAUUUUCUUUCAAGCGUUCACCAAUGGCGUAUAGAAUGGAAAACGAUGAGCAAGGUUACGAUGACAGACGUUUUGAAGGUCGAGUCAGAGAAGAUCUUUUCUGUUCUAUUUGUCAAGGGGUGCUCAGAAAUCCACAAACUUGCCAGAAUAAAGAACAUCCAUUUUGUCUUUCUUGUAUAUCUCAACAUCUUCGUAAUUCCCACACAUGCCCUGAAUGCAGAGAACACCUGACCCCAGAAACCCUCACAGAUCCACCGAGAUUUUUGAAGAAUACCUUAUCAGAGCUGAAAAUCAAGUGUGAUUACAAUGAUCGUGGAUGUCCGGGCUACGUCCAGCUUGGAAAUUUACAGCAUCAUGUUGAGCGAUGUGGAUUUGCGCCUGUUAUGUGUGGAAAUGAAGGAUGUGGGACGGUGGUCAAUAAAAGAGAUAAAGAAAUCCAUGAGAGAGAACUCUGCCAGUUUAGAAUUCCCAAGUGCCACGACUGCAAAGAUAUUAAAGCAAGUCAAGACGAAAUGAAAGCAAGUCAAGAUGAAAUAAAGGUAAAUAUGGAAAGAAUGGAACGGUGAGACAAGAUUUUCUUAGUCACUAGCAGGUUUUGUAGUAGUUGAUAAGAAUAACUAUUUUUCAGAUCUACUGUCGAAAAGAAAUUUUACAAGAUAUCUAUUUAUUGUUAACAUAUUAACGAUAGUUUGUCAAAAUGUAUAAAGAGCUAUCUUUGGUAUCAUUUUUAACACUAAUACUGCAAUUCAGGAAACACAAACUGACAUUAAAGUCAAGAUCGAUGAAAUGGAAAUCAAACAAGAUGACAUCAAGGUAAAAUAAAGAUUUUCUUUUUAGUAAUGACCAGAAGGCUUUUUUUAUAACAAAUUUAAUAAAUUGUAACAACGUUUACAAUUUAUUAAAUUUGUUAUAAAAAAGCCUUCUGGUCGUUACUAAAAAGAAAAUUAUUACAUUUAAAUGAAGCUUAGAGAAAGUUCGCUUCUAAUCACAUUGUAAAAUAAAGAUUGUUUAUUUAUACUUUGGAGGUUUGCAUGGCAAUCAAAAUAAUAGUUUUAUAGAUCUGUUCUGGGAAGAAAUGUAAGAAGAUAUAUGUAUACUGCAGGUAUAGGUAUGUUAGUGGCGGAAGGUAUAAUUGCUUUGAAAAUAAAUAAAUAAUAAUCAGUCAGAGAACGUGUUUACCAAACUAAUACUGCAAUUCAGGACUGCCAAGCUGACAUUAAAGUCAAGAUCGAUGAAAUGGAAAUCAAACAAGAUGACAUAAAGGUAAAGGCAAUCAAAAUAAUAAUUUUGUAGAUCUACUCAGGGAAGACAUUUUGCAAGAUAUAUGUAUUUAUAUAUACUAAUUAUAUUAUAGUUUGUCAAAAUGUAUACAGUAUCAUGUUUGAAAUAAUAUAUAACAAUAUAAUUCAGAAAUCCCAAUCUGAGAUGAAAGUUCAAAACGAAGAAAUAGAAAGAAAACAAGAUGAAAUCAAGGUAAAACAAGACUUUUCGGUUGCCAAUGGAUUUGAAUUGCGAUAGGUAUAAUUGGUUAACAGCAACAAUGCAACACAUUUACCAAAAGUUAAAUUUUACAAUUCAGAAAAAUAAUGACGAAAUAAAACAUUCCCAAGCACAGAUGAAAGUGGAAUUGAACGAAAUAAAAGAAAAAAUCACUGGAUUGGAAAGAAAACAAGAAAAAAUAAAGGUAAGAUAAGAUUGGUCCGUUUUAGAUUUACAUGGCCAUAAAAAUAAAUCUUCUGUACGUCAACUUUGGGAGGAUAUUUAUUUACAUUUCCUUUACUAAUCAUAGUUUAUAAAAAUGUACAGGAUGAGAUGAAAGUGGAAUUGAAAGAAAUGAAAGAUAAAAUCACAGGAAUGGAAAGAAAGCAAGAUCGAACAAAGGUAUGUCAUGAUUAUUGGGUCAUCAUCUACCUAUACUAUCCAGGCUCGUGGUUGGUUGAUUACAACAAUGAAAUACAAUAAAACUAUAGAAAUCGUCUUUCUAUUGAACGAGUCACGAACAAUCAUCAUUUUUGUUUCCGAUUUGUUUCUGAAAGCAAAUCACAAAACAUGAUCGUUGUAGGUAGGUCUUUACCCGGAUUAUUUGCAGUUCUUUGCAGCUUUGGACAGAGACGAAUAAAAUUGUCUUGUGUAUUGUUGGCGAUGACAAUGGAUUAUUUCAAACCUGAAAUUAUGAUCUAUGAAGAAAACUGAAUUGUUUUAGUAGUAUACCGGGUGGCUAUUUGGUGUAACUACAAAACUAAAAGAGCCAUUACACUUAAAGCCUGGUUCACAUAUAUGCCUGCGGUAUAUGCCUGAGCUAUCAUUGUUUACAGCUGUUGAUGCAUAGUUUACAUUCUUUUGUGAAUUAUUUGGUUGAACUGCUAACGACAAUAGCCCGCCGACAUACCGUAGGUAUAUGUGAACUAGGCUUAAACAAGGUGCGUUACAUUCAGUAAUUUCCAACUUAAAUUUAUGCCAUCUGCAUUUUCAUGCAAUGUUGACAGCUGCGUUUAAACUUAAGUAAGUGUCGAAAAUUAGCCAAAAACGGCUUAUUCAAUAUUAGAACAGCAAUAACAUGUGUUUAGACGCACUUCAGUCAGAAAGUACACAUUCGUUUUUCACAGACAAAUGUUUAUUUAUCAGUAAAUACCUCUCGCACAAACUUUCAAAACGUUUUCAUAACUUUCGCUCACUCGAGUAGGAAAAUUACGUCAGUGACCUGCCCAACGCCGUAUAACCUCACGAACAUUAUUCACCCUUGCAUAUUCUAAACAAAUCCAAACUGUUUGGUCCUUCAUUAAACGAAGCAUGUUUAUAAAAAACACGCCACGUUUCUUUGGAACAUUAGAAUUGGAUUGCGCAGCGACAUUGAAUAUUUAAAAUAAAACUUUUAAUCAAAACAGCCUUAUAUUAUAAGUUAAUUUUCAUGCAUUUCAAAGGCAAAGAUCGUAAAACAAAAAUAAAAGAGCAUAUAUCCAUCCAAUAAAUAUUUUAAACUUCAACUUCACUUGAUUGAAACGAAUGACCUGCGAUAAAAUAGUAACGGUCAUCAAAUUAGUUUAAUACGCUGUUUCAGCUAAUUCUAUACACUUCCAAAAAUAUCUACUCAAGUUUAAUUAAACGCAGCUAUCUCGGUCAAUAUUGCAUGAAAAUACAUAUAUCAAAAUUUAAGUUUGAAAGCAACGUAACUUUGUUUAAUUGUAAUAGUUCUUUUAGUUUUGAAGUUAUACUAAAUCAAACAGAACUUUUUUGCAUCACCGGGUAUAGUCCAUCACAAAGAUUAAAGGCUGCAUUUCAGUUGAGAGUUUUUCAUUCGUCCGCCCAUACGCACGCAAAAGUUUUAAUCGAGUAAAUUAUUAUUUAUCAGCUGCGGUUAUAACUUUGGCGAAUUAUGAGGGCUGCACUGUGACGUAGUUAUAAAGUAUUUUAUUUUCAAUUCAGCAAAGUGUUGACGAUAUGAACCAGCAGUUUGAAAAAAUGAUGAUAAUGGUUCAGCAAGCAUUGCAAGAAAGCAAUGUAACCAACAAUGGCGCUCAAGCUAUGGAUCCAGCAGUUCCAGCCAACAACCAAGAUAUUAUUAUUCUUGGUGGUCGGUAUGGCCCAAAAAUGGAAAAUAUAUCAAAAACAGUUGAAAAAUACAGCAUAAUAGAAGGCAAGUCAACUCAACUACCAGGAAUGAAUCUCACUCGAACAGCAUCAGCAUCAUGUGUUUACAACGGUGACGUCAUCGUUGCCGGAGGUUACGAUGAUCAAGCUGGUAUUGACUUGAUCGAAAUUUUAAAGAUGAAGCAGCAUCCUUUGCGAUGGACGAUGUUUGAUGGUAAACUGCCCGUCAAGUUACACGGUCAUGACGUCACAGUUUACCAAGAUAAAUUAUAUAUCAUAGGAGGAGAUAACUGGAAUGAAAGGAAAAUAUCCGAUGUAAUUUAUGAAUUAUCCCUUGCCCCGCCUUAUACUGUCAAGGUUAUCGCAAGAAUGCCUCAGCCAAGACAACACCACGGAGCGGAGAUUGUUAACGGGAAGUUAUUUAUCUUGGGAGGAACCACAACAAGACAGAAUAAAGAUGCCACAAAUAGUGUUGUCGUGUAUGAUUUCAUCAAGAACGAGAUUAAGCCAUGUGCAUCGUUGCCCAAGCCUGUCUCAGGAAUGUCCACAGUUGCUUGGGGCAAUACGAUCAUUGUUGUCGGCGGGGUGGAUAAGAAUGAUCAAAUUUUAAAUGACGUCAUCAUGUAUCACAUUGAGUCAGGGCGAAGUGAAAGAUUACCUUCACUGAAACACAAGAGGCGUGGUGCAUCAGCUGUUAUCAUGCAUGACGUCAUUGUUGUAUUGGGAGGAUGGAAUAAGGAAGAGAGACUUCUCAACUCAGUAGAAAGUUUCACAAUGGGAGAUGAUCAGUGGAAAGAAAUGCCAGGAAUGAAAGAAAAAAGGGUUUUGGCAAAUGCUGUAGUGAAACCUCGCAACUAGUUUUUAUAGAUACGCUUUACAACAUACAUUUUACAUCAACAUUUUCGAAGUUUUAUAAUCAGGUGAAUAGAAAACUUAAUAUUGUAAUCUUUGCCUUUUAUAACUUAACAAAAUAUUGUGGAAAGUAAAUAUAGUGUAUAUAUAGUAACAUAGACUGUAGGAAGUAUGGUAUGUAAAUGUUUAAUAAAACUCAAGAUAACUUGUAUGUAGAUUUGCAUGGCAUCAAUAUAAUUUUCAAAAUCUCAUACGAACAGUGAUGAAGACAUUGACAGAAGACUAUCAGUGAGCAAGUGUUACAGAGCAGUAGAUGCUCGUCAACUUCACAAAUGUUCAUACUUAUAGCAGAAAUAAAUGAAACUACGUCUCUUAAUUCUAUUCAUUCGCCUCAAAAACACAGUUUCAUUCAAUGAAAACAACUCAAAUUAUUUUCUCACUCUGAUAACUGCAGGUUGAAUAUCAUCUGCUGCACGAUAGUGUUUAGUCAAAUUCCGAGUAGACAUGGAACAUUGAAUCCAAGAGAUGAAUUUUGAUACUAAGAUUGUUAAAUAUGGUCUCGUGGAGUCAAUAAUCUGUUGGCUGAUUUAAAAUAAAGUCUGGAUCACGCAAUGGACCAUUGAAAUCAUGCAUGACAUGUAUUAAUAGGUUUACCCCUUACUUUAAACAUCAUAAAAUUCGUUCUACUAGACAAAUUUUAAUAAUCUUAGUGUCAUUCAAUUCAUUUCUAUCCUCGCUAAUAAUUAGCUGUUUAAAAAUCCGCAGCAUUGGUACCGAUAUUAAAACCAAUCUAUGAAAAUUCAUAAAUGAACUUCCAAAAUGAGAACUGUGAUUGUUAUAUGACGAGCUAUUGAACUUGACAAUUUGCAUGUUAUGUUAAUAAUAAUGUUAAUAUAGUUUGGAUUAGAUAUAAUUGUUUAGAAGUUAUUUUUAACUAUUUUUUAGAAAUAUUCUGAUUUUCAUUGUG